UGCUACACGCCAAAUUGUGACAGCAGCUGUCAAAAUUCCUAUCGGCCUUUCUUCUUUGAGCGUUCGCCAUACAAGAUGACGAAGGGUACCUCAAGCUUUGGUAAACGUCAUAACAAGACGCACACCUUGUGCCGUCGUUGUGGACGCUCCUCCUACCACAUCCAGAAGUCCACUUGCGCCCAGUGCGGCUAUCCCGCUGCCAAGUUGCGUUCAUACAACUGGUCCGUCAAGGCCAAGAGGAGGAAGACCACUGGCACUGGCCGCAUGCGUCACCUGAAGGUUGUGCGCCGUCGUUUCCGCAACGGUUUCCGUGAAGGUACUCAGGCCAAGCCCAGGAAGACCACCCAGGCCUCCAAAUAGGUUGUAUGUGUGGGCCCAAGGAUUCAAUUCCAGCUCCAGCGAAUGAAAUAACAAACAUCAACAACAUCCAACGCGCCAGCAACUGAAAUCCAUAAAGAAUGUGCUCCACCUAUUUGUGUGUGUGACAAGGAGUUAAUAAAUUAACUUUUUUUUGAUUAA